AUGGCUCAAGGACGACUUCGCGUGACCAUAGUCGAAGCAGCCAAACUGGCUGAUAAAGAUAAAACAGAUUUUAAUGAUGCAUAUGUGGUAGUUUAUAUCGAUGAAAAAACUAAGCAUCAAACUAAAGUAUUAAAAGAUGUCGAACGACCCGUGUGGAAUGAAACAUUUGAAUUUAAUACAUGGCCAAGUAAUGAAUAUGUUCAUAUAGAUGUAUAUGAUGAAGAUGUAGGCAAAAAACCUGAUUUAAUCGGUUCAACGAAAAUCGAUCUCGAUGAUGUUAUUAAAAAAGGACGUUUUGACGAUUGGGUUAAACUACCAGGUUUUCUCGGAUUUGGCAGCCGUGGCGAUGUACAUAUUCGUAUGACAUUCGAAAAAACAUCCACAGAUUAA